AUGUCUCUUCAUAGAACAAAGGCGACAAUUAUUGGUUUACUCGAGGCUAGCCGAGCCAACGAAUGGGUUGUCACUGAAAAGCUUGGAGAUGCUCUCAAGAGUAAAGCCGGAAGUAAAGUAGCAUCGAAGAAGCCUCGAUUCAAGAUUGGAGAUAGGUUUCACUUGUUGGAACUUGGUGUGGGAUUUUACCUCUUCUUCUGUGGCUGUUACGAUGUUAUGUUCGGGAAGAACCACUACUUCAUCUUCCUUUUCAUCCAAGCAAUUGCGUUUUUCAUCAUGGCAUUUGGAUAUGUUGGCACCUUUGUUCCCACCUCGUAAAACUAUUUGGCUAUGUUCUUCAUUCAGUGAAAUUUUUCAGUUUGUGCCUUCACUUGUCAAAUGCGUUGUAGUAUACAGGGUCUGGCAAAUUACACAGCAUAUUAGUAUAAAAAGAAAA